AUGGAGCACUACCAAGAUCAGGGUUGUGAUGGCAUUGAGCUGCUUGACUGGCUGUUUGAUCAGAACGAUGGCAUUCUCCGUCAUGAGGAAACAGGACGCCAUGGCAACCAUCACUCCUGGCCAACCCAGGAACCAAAUCAGCUACUGCAGCCGGCUGAACAAGCAGACGACGACUUCCUCAACGCCCUCCUGACUGGAAGUGAUUCUGUGUCAGGCUCGCCUAUCUGGUCCCCUUCUCCCAGUGACAGUGGGAUCAGCGAGGACCCUCCAUCAGACCAGAUGGACAGCCCUCAGCGCCCCGAGAGCCCGCCUGGGGACAGCCAGUAUUUCGGUGCAAGGCCACAAACUAAGGCAGCUCUGGAAGCCAAUGUCUCCAUUGACCUCAAUGGCUGGGAGCCCCCUUUGCCAAUGGGCAGGACAAGGAUUACACAAUAUCCCCCUGAUGUACACAGAACACAGGUGUCCUCUGGCUUCCCGCUAACUGUCAAGGAUCUGCUGCUGUCUGGCACGCUGGAACCCCCCCAACACCCAUCCCAGCAGUCCUUGCAAGAGCUGAUUCUCAAUGAAGAUGAGAAGAAGCUCCUGGCAAAGGAGGGGGUGACUCUGCCCAACCAACUACCUCUAACAAAGUAUGAAGAAAGGAUUCUGAAGAAAAUACGAAGAAAGAUUCGCAAUAAGCAAUCUGCCCAGGAGAGCAGGAAGAAGAAGAAGGAGUAUAUUGAUGGGCUGGAGAGCAGGAUGGCUGCCUGCAGUGCACACAACCAGGAGUUGCAGAGGAAAGUGUCCCAGCUGGAGAAAUGCAACAUGUCGCUAAUGGAACAGUUGCGCCGGCUUCAGGCACUGGUCAUGAAUACAUCUAACAAGCCAGCCCAGACUGGGACUUGUGUACUGGUGCUGCUGCUGUCCUUCUCUCUAAUCCUGUUCCCCAGCCUCAAGCCCUUCUCUGACACCAAGGUCAGCCAAGGAGACUUCAGUCCGGUCAGAAUCCAGUCACGGUCGCUGCAGAACCUCCAGGCUUCCCGUGUGCUGCAUGUCACCGACCCUCCUUUCUCCGCUGAGGAUGACUUGGAGUCUCUGCGCCGGCAUUUCCCGGGAGACCAAGAAGUGGACGACAUUGCGGCGUUGAUGGGAAAGCUGGGAGUGAACCAAGACCGGUCCGGUUUGGAGCCCAUGUCUCUGAACAGCAGUCAGGAAGAAAGGCUGGGUCAUUUCCACGUAGACCCAAUCACUGGUCACGUAGCUACUUUGACCUUGGAUCCCCAACGAUCUGCCCGGCUGCGACCACAUGCUGAUGACAUGUAA